AUGUCUCCAGUACUAGCAGCCAAGAAAUUCUGGGAUAAAAAAGAAUUUGAUUGGGUUGAUGAGUUCGUAUCCUAUCAAGAUGUAUUUAUAAAGGAGAACCCAAAUUCAACAAAAAUAGGUUGUAUAUUGAAUGCUUACAUAAUGGAAUUUAAGUUUAAGGUUUAAGGAAACAUUGGAAAAGAAUAUCAAGGAGCUUGGAAUUUAAAAUACUAAGAGUCAAGAUUAAACGUUUUAGAGAGCAUGCUACAUAUUCUUAUACAUAUUGAGGCACGUAAUGGCAAUGAAAACAAACGACUAAAAGUGAUUUUGCUAUUGAUAGGAGCAGAUGGUUCUAAAAUGAAAUUUUCUGAUGAAUGGGUUUACCAUCAAGCAAGAAAUUUGUUUAUUUUUGAUGAUAAUUUCGUUCAUGAAGUUUAGAAUGAAGUUAAUACUAAAAGGCUAAUAUUUAUUAUUGAUAUCUGGCAUCCAGAUUAUUCAGACGAAGAAAUUUAAUUCUUUGAGGUACUCGAGAAAGAAUCGUAUAAAAUGGGCCUAAUUUAGAGAUGUUAUGAUAAAGGAAUAAAUAUGGAGGAGCAGAAUAGAAUUAUUAGUCAAUAGCCUACAAAUAUAACAGAAUCAAUGGCAGAAUAUGAAUAAAACAUUUUUUUCUCUGAUAAAUGA